UCAUCGCCUCUUAACGGAGUUGAAUAAGGUGGAGAGUGGGAGAGUAUUGCAAACGGGGAGAACGAUGCUUGCGGCAUCAGUAGUCAAGUCAGCCAAGCGAGGAGCCCUCGAUGUUGCACGCCGGCGGGCUGCUGCUGCAUCAGCAGCAUCAGCAGCGACCAAGACAAGGCCGGUAGCUAGCUCGAGCGUAUCGAUGACACAAGCCAGGGUGUUCUCUGCGGCUCCCAGCCCUGAAUACCUGAGGCACCGCCCGGUGAUGAAUUUGCAUGAGGAGCGUGGCUUCACCAUGUCCACCACCUUCGUCGCACCGUGCGCGUCUGUCGUCGGGAACGUGAGGAUCAUCGACCACUCGUGCGUGUGGUACGGGGCCGUCAUCCGAGGGGACAAGAACAAGGUGAAAAUCGGCGCUCACGUCCACGUUGGUGACAAAGCAGUGAUCAACACGGUGGGACAUGUCGACACCGGCUUCUCCGCGGAAGUUGCGAUCGAGUCUUGGGUCGUCAUCGAGCCCGGCGCGGUGCUGACGUCUUGCAUGAUCGGCAACAGGUGCAAGAUCGGUGCCGGUGCCGUGGUCGCCGAAGGCUCGGUCAUGGAAGAGGGGGGACAGAUUGCCGCGGGAACGGUAGUGCCUCCGGGAUGCCUCGUGCCCAAGAACGAGCUGUGGGCGGGCAACCCUGCCAAGUUCGUGCGCAAGCUCAGCGAGGAGGACGUGGCGGAGAUAGAGGCAGAGGCCGAGCGAAGGAGCGCGCUGGGAGAGUUGCACGCGGACGAGUUCAACCCUUACGGCCAGGGGUACGUCCAGGCGGAAGAGGCAUGAUUAGGCAGCCUACUUUCGUGCAGCGCGGCAAGCGUUUGUUCCUCCCCCCCCUUCAAGGAGGGGAGUGGGAGAAGAGAGGGUUAUAGGUUUCGCCCUCGCCUCCGGUCGAAUGUUCGGGUGUUCCCCGCUGAAACGCAGGCACGCUUGUUGGGAUAGUUGUUCAGAAAGAGAAAUGUCCUUGAACCACACGCAGACCUGAGGCGAACAAGGACAGACUAUUGCUGUCUUGGUCUAGUGCGGGCUGUGCGUUUCAGAGAGAAGAGGGAUUGGUGGAGGACCGAACUCGGGCUGUAUUUCAUGGGAUAGUUCUAGGGAGGGUUUGCGUGUUUGUGGAAGAACUGUUCGACACCGGGAGAUCCGAGCGGCAAACUUUGACGCCUUGAUUUUGAAUCGCCUGGUUGGAGCUGCAAUGACACGACAUGUUGGUGCGGUCUGUUGACAUUCGUUUGGCCCGCGGAUGGCAGAGUACAGCAGUGAAGGGAUCUCAGUAGUGCCGGUGAAGUUUUCAUGCCCGACACGGAAGUGCUGGUGGAAUAACUCGGUACCGAUGCGUCAUCUACCUACAAUAUUGUAUUGCUUGGAAUUGUGCGGAUGCCCACUUUAGUGUCGUUGAAUUCGGCUUGCACAUCCUGGCACUAGUUUUUCCCUCCCACUUGCCGCAUCAAUCUUCUUUUUGCGUGUGCGGUGGCGAUGCUGGGGAUAGAG